AUGCCACCCACCAGCCUCAAAUCACAGGCCCCCUCAGAAAUCGCAACUACGCCAUCAGACUCAACAACCUUGCGUUCCCCUAUCUCGGCCACCAAGCCCCUCGUCCUCUCAAAAUCCAUACAGGCUCUUCUGCCGGCACUGCACGCCCAACGCCCACACUACCUUACCGUGCACGUCCACCGCUUCCCCUACCUCCUCACGGCCGGCGACCUCGUGCGCCUCCCCUUCCACAUGCACGGCGUCUCCCCCGGCGACAUUCUCCGCCUGAACCGCGCCUCUCUGCUCGGCUCGCGGGACUUCACACUCAAGGCCGGGCUGCACCACACCGAGAGCUACGACGCGAAGCGGACCGGCGAGCCGAAUUAUCUGGACGAGAGGCUGUUUGAAUGCCGGGCGCGCGUCAUGGGCGUCGAGAGCCAGCCGAUGGAGAUCAAGGAGAAGAAAAAGAGGCGGAAUCGCCGUGUGAGGACCGUGAAGAGCAAGCAUAAGUAUACGGUGCUAAGGGUCAUGGAUGUGCGGGUGAGAAGCCUGGAGGAGUUGAAGGGGGAGGUGGGCACGCAGUUGGUCCUUGAAUAG